UGGAAGAUGACACCUGUGUACAGUGGAUAAAGAGAGCGAGCCUCUAAUGGGUCACCUUCAUUUGCAGUGCGUUGAUCCCUCUGUUCUGUCGGUCCGUCCUCCCUGUCUUUGUCUUUCUGCCAUGGCCCCGAAGAAGAAGGAAGAGCCCAAACCUGCACCUGCUGCUCCCAAACCGCCAGAGCCGGAGCGUCCCAAGACCCCGGUGUUUGACCCUGCCACAGUGACGCUUGAAUUCACCGCGGAGCAGAUUGAAGAUUUCAAGGACGCUUUCCAGCUGUUUGACAGGACUCCCGCCAGUGAGAUGAAAAUCACUUACGCUCAGUGCGGUGACCUCGUCAGAGCUUUGGGCCAGAAUCCUACGAAUGCAGAGAUCAUGUACGUCCUUGGAAAGCCUAAAGCUGAAGACAUGCAGACAAAGAUGCUGGACUUUGAGCAGUUCCUCCCCGUGCACCAACACAUCUGCAAGGCCAAAGACCGUGGAACGUAUGAGGACUUUGUGGAGGGUCUGAGGGUGUUCGACAAGGAGGGCAAUGGCACAGUCAUGGGGGCAGAACUCAGGCAUGUUCUGGCAACACUGGGUGAGAAGAUGAGGGAGGACGAGGUGGAGCAGCUGAUGCAGAACCAAGAGGAUACCAACGGAUGCAUUAACUAUGAAGCUUUUGUAAAAUACAUCAUGGCAACUUAAUGAGAAAGUAUGUGUUCGUCACGCUGGUGCUACACCCUUAAGGCAAAUGAAUGAGAGCAGUAAAUAAUGUAGUCUCAUUACUGUCCACCCGGCCCCGCUGUUAUUGACUGAAGAACACACAGGUCUCUGAACCACAUCUGCUCAUAUGUGCACAGGAAUGGCAUACAUUUAAUCAAUAUUUCACCUUAUUUAAGCCAGUGUUUGUGUUGAUGCAGGGAACAUGUCGAUCAACCUCAUGUUUAUAAUGUUGGUCAUACUAAAUAAGUAAUGUUGUUUCAUGAAGUUGUCUUUAAAAUUAUUCUUGUGAAAUAAAAACAGGCAUAAAUG